ACCUUAAUCUCGGAACACCGGCUGCUGCUCAGUGUAGACUUUCCCCACUAACUCGUCAGUGUCCAGCUUGUCUCGGCUGCAGGGGGUCCAUUAAUUACCCAGUCCUGUCCUCCCCGCUGUGACAGAAAGGUGUCAGACAUGUCUCGGACUGCCGCGGUUCUGGUCCUGCUUUCGGUCGUUCUGUCCGCUGUUUCUGCCGGAGUGUUUUUCAACCAGAAGAAGCCGUGUUAUGUCCGCACACCGAGGAGAAACGACUUCGGUCUGAGAACCAGUCCUCGACCCCAUGAGUACCUGAACAUCUCUGAACUGCCCAAGGUGUGGGACUGGAGGAACAUCAAUGGAACCAACUUUGUCAGCACGACUCGCAACCAGCACAUUCCCCAGUACUGUGGCUCCUGCUGGGCACAUGGCAGCACCAGCGCCAUGGCAGAUCGCAUCAACAUCAAGAGAAAAGGAGCAUGGCCUUCUGCCUAUCUCUCUGUGCAGCAUGUGGUCGACUGCGGUAAUGCUGGCACUUGCCACGGAGGGGAUCACACUGGAGUUUGGGAGUAUGCCAACACAAACGGCAUCCCAGAUGAGACCUGCAACAACUACCAGGCUAAAGACCAGGAAUGCAAGCCCUUCAACCAGUGUGGCACCUGCACCACCUUUGGACAAUGCAACAUCGUCAAGAACUACACUAUGUGGAAGGUGGGAGACUACGGCUCUGUCAGCGGGAGAGAGAAGAUGAUGGCUGAGAUUUACGCCAAAGGACCAAUCAGCUGUGGGAUUAUGGCCACAGAUAAACUGGAUGCGUACACUGGAGGUCUGUACUCUGAAUACCAGGAGGAAGCUUUCAUCAACCACAUUGUGUCGGUGGCUGGAUGGGGAGUAGAGGACGGGGUCGAAUACUGGGUCGUUCGCAACUCCUGGGGAGAGCCAUGGGGUGAGAAGGGCUGGCUCAGGAUUGUGACCAGCGCUUACAAAGGAGGAAGCGGCAGCAAGUACAACCUGGCGCUUGAAGAGGACUGCAUGUAUGGAGAUCCCAUCGUCCCCAAAGAUUACCUUUAGAUGAGCUCUUGGUCAGGCUGAUGCUGUAAUCUGUUGUCUUCCUGUCACGGGGCGAAGGGAAACUUUACAUGCCUCGAUAAAAAGGGAAUCCUUUUUUUUUUAUACUUUUAAAUUCAAUGCCAAGGUCUGAAUAUUUUACUGAAGAGUACACCUGCAGGCUGAAACAAUUUUUAAUUGGUGGAGGGUUUGAUGCAUCUGUUAAAACCUUUUUUGUCUAGAGAAAUUUAAAUGCAGUUUGUUGAAGAGACAUUUUGUUCUGCAGGAUAUUCUACGCAAACACUUUAAUUUGUAAGGAAACCAAAGCAAGCAGACACUGAAUGUUUUCAGUUACUGAUUAUUGCACUAUAAUAUAUUAUAAAGGAGAUACAACUUUUAUGUGCCUUAUUAGCACUUAAUGUCAAUUAUUGCUACUUUGGGCUAAAGAUUCUUCAGCAUAAAGAUCGAAUCAUCUCCUUUGUUUCAAACUGUGCCAAUAAACACUGAUGAUUCAUA